CAUGGGUUGUCCGCCAUCGCUUUUUUAGUAUUUAUUGCGUCGCUGUUUUGGCUCGUUUAGGGUUUAGUUAGUCCUAUGAAAUCUGCUCUUAUAUAACUAGUGUUUCGAUCAGUUGCGCUGGUAAUAUGGGACGUUCUAGAAGCAGAAGCCGAAGUAGAUCUCCUAAACAUAGGCAAAAGAAUAAACGUCCAAGACGGCGGUCAAUGUCGAGAGGAGGAAGCCGAGAAAGCAAUAACAGGCUGGGCCUGAAGCCUCUUGACAGAAGACCAAGGAGGCGAUCAUCAUCACCUUCUAGUAGCAGCAGUGAUGAUGUUGAUGGUCUGCUGGAUUCUGCAAGGAGGAGGGUAAAAAGGUCUGAAGUGGACCGACUGUCUGAGCUUGAAAGGCUAAGACGUCUUCGAGAGCAGGAGGCAAAGAUAGCAGAAGAAGCUCGGGAGCGACGGAUAGAGGAGACCGUGGCCAAGCGCAUACAGGAAGAAAUGGCCAAACGCAAGGACGCCAUGGAAGCAGAAGUGCGGCGCCGGGUAGAAGAAGCGCGCUUUGCCAUGGAAAAGCAACUCAUGCAGGAGGUUGAACAGCGCCGUGCUGAAAUGAUUGCCGAACAGCGGCUUAAGGAGGAGGACGAUCGUCGACGCCUGCAAGAACUAGAGAUUUCGCUGCAGCAGAAACAGAAGGAACUAGAAGAGGCACAGCGAAAAAUGUCUGAAGAAAGGCUAGCCAUGGUCGAAGAGCAGAGACGAAUAGCCGAGGCAAGGCGGUUGCUUGAAGUGGACCAGGAAAGAAAACUGAGACAGGAUCAGCAGGUCAUUCUCAACAAGGGCAAAGUGCGACCCAAACUCUCCUUUUCCCUCAAGCCUGUCUGAUCUGCAACCGGGACUUGCUGCCGAUGGACUGCUUCUGGGUACUUCCCUUCUGACAUGUGCAGAGAUUUAGCUCGUGGGGGAGCUGCGGGAGAACGGCACAUUUAGAAUAACAUUUCGUUCAGUUUUAGUGAACGUGGAUUUGCUGCAAUAACGUGGCAGACGUUCUCGGCUACGGGACAAGUGACAGCACGUUCAAGUUCAAUGUUUUCUGUGUCAACCGUUGCUAGGUCUUCUCGACCCGGACAGAAAUCGCUUUGUCGUUCUUUCUCUGUGGCACGCGUCUUCAUGCGCUACUUCUGGUAGAGACUUGGUGCUUGUGAAGCCUAGAUAUCCAUUCAGCAUCACUAUGGGCAUUGGGCAUCACCGGUAACGCGGUCUUGUGAAGGAGUAUAACUGAAGCGGUUCGAGUUGACUUUUUAUGGCUAGGUAGGAUUGAGAGGUUUUUUGACUUCUCACCGUCAAGAAACGGGGUGAUCACCGUAUGGGGGUUGCGUGACAAAGUCCGUUACAGUGAUCCCGCCCAUGUUUAAAUUUAAGUAAUGUGAAACGCAAUUUUCUUUUUCUAUAAUAGAAGACGGCAGCUUUGUGUUGACGCACAUGCUCAUAGCUGAACACCACCGCUAUUUAUCAGCUCAGUGUGGCUCCUGGACAACAAUAUUGCCAUGGUGCUUGCUGUUACAGGUGGUGAGACUGUUUGGAAUAUUGUCUCUGCAGAUGACGAGUUCCAUGGACAGAAUUUUAUUUCUUCUCCUUCACUCUCAAAGAAGGAAAUUAUCUUGAUUAUCUCUUCAUAGAGCCGAGAUGUUUUGUCUUGCACCUCUUGUCUGUACAUAGUAUGUGAUUCCCUGUAUGCACCAAUUUUCGUACUUGCGAACUUUAUAAGUGUGUGCAGGGUGUAUGUACAACUGCCCUCUGCAUUUUAACAUUACAAAAUGUGGAAAGAAGUAUCUGAAAGGUACUCCCUGUACCCUUUUUUGGAUCCACACAUGCUGGAUCUUAUUCCAUUCUUCCAGUGUUCUGCUCUUGUAUUUAAGAACCUCAUGAUGAAUAUUUAUAGUCACAUAACAUAGCAGUUUAUUUUCAUGAUCUUGUGGGAGAUAUCGAAGUGAUUUGUAUCGAACACGUUUGAUACAGUUCCGAAGCUCGACAUUAUUUUCACAGUAAUAAUUAUAAAGACAUGCUAUUUGUGCAAGGAUUUCAACAAAGUAACUGGUGGUGACAUGCAGCUCUGUUUCGGUGCAGUGCGUUUAGGCAAUAUCGCAAUUUGAUUUUGGCUUCACCGGUGGCGUAGAACAUGCACCAGGAUAUGCCAUGUGUCUCGUGCAUGUAACCCUGAUUCACAUAGCAGUGUCAGCGGAGUAGUACCAGAGUUCCGGGUUUCGUUUCUUCUGUGCUGUUCCGCACCAAAAUGGCGUAAGAGAUCGAAGCUGGUUGCUAUUUACUGUCUGUGACAGAGCUGCAUUACUACUUGGUUCAUCAACCAGAAAAGAAAGUGACCAAAUGAACUUACGAACUUAUGAACUUAGAGAUUACGACCGCAUGUGGAGGUCUUGAUGCUGGGUGGGGGUAAAAAUUGUAAUGGAGAAAACUGUUACAGCUGUGUUGGAUAUGGCAACGUUGAGCUGUUUGGUACGUACUUCUCUUGUGUAUGGAUGGAGUGGAUGACAUGUGAAAAGAAUGCCCUCAUGCUAUGUUAUUUGUUAGCUUGAGAAUGCAAAGCUUGAAGAGAAUUGAUUUUUUUUUCUUUGUUCACCAUGAAUUUGGAUGGUUCAAAGCAGGGCAGAUAGCAGGGUUGGUCGUUUUGUGUAUUCGAGUGUAGGUAAGUAUAUGGGUAAAAUAAAGCUGUCAAGUAAUUGAAA